UAUAAAGUGGUCUACGGAAAACCAAUUGAUAAAACCAUCAUCUGUUGUUUCACCCUCUCUUCCACCUCCGCCGUGUGGACUCUUGCCUGGAAACAGGUAAUCUUUAAUACUACAUCCUUUUCUAUCAAAACAGAGUCUGCCCAAGGCGAGCACUCCAAAACCAAACCUGACUCCUUAGACUUUCUGAAGCAAGCAAGGAGGGAGCCAUCUGAACGAUAGGAUGAGCCAACUAUCAGGUGUAAAUUCGAUCAAGAUCGGGAUAGACUUUGGAACGACAUAUUCUGGUAUAGCUUGGGCCUACAGCUCUACUCCCGAGAAGGUCAAUGUCGUUGGUAAAUGGGUCGCUGGGAGAAGCAGGACAUCUGGAAAGGCGCCUAGCGAGAUAGCGUACACGUCGUCAGGUGUGAAAUGGGGAUUUGGAAUUCCCAUUAAAGAGCCAACGCUCACUUGGUUUAAGCUUCUCCUGGACCCUACCAAAUAUCCUCUCGCCAACUCCACCAAUUCACCCUUGGCGAGGACAAAGCAGCUGAUACCCCACGGGAAGAACCCAGUCGAUGUUGUAGCCGAUUACCUGUCUGAGUUAUACAAGCACACCAUCAAUCAUCUGGAGAAGACCCUUGGGAAAAGUACUGUUGAAGUCUCGCCCCUUGAUUUUGUUCUCACGGUUCCUGCGGUAUGGAGCGAUGCAGCAAAGAACCUAACCCUCCAAGCGGCCGAGCUUGCAGGUUUCAGAAGAAAGAAAUCCAUUCGUUUAAUAUCAGAGCCAGAGGCAGCAGCAGUCUGUUGCUUGAAGGAAAUGGAGCCCAAGAAUCUCAAUGUUGGCGAUACGUUCGUGGUAGCGGAUUGCGGGGGUGGGACAGUAGAUGUCAUAUCUUAUACCAUCACAAGAAAAUUUCCCAAGUUGGAGGUGGUAGAAUGUGUUGAAGGGACCGGGGGGCUGUGUGGGUCAACAGUCCUGAACGAGCGUUUCGAAGAAUUGGUCAGAGACCGUAUCGGCGAUAGGUUUUCCAGAUUUGAUAAGAUGAAGCACGAGGGAAGGGUGUACAUGAUGAAGGAGUUUAAUGAUUCUUUGAAACGAAACUUUACCGAUUCUGAAGAUGAGGAUCUUUUCACAUGCCCCGUACCCGGUAUCGCAGAUGACCCCACGGCAGGUAUAGAGGCUGGGAUGUUUAUCAUAGAUCGGGACGACAUGAGAAAGAUAUUCAAUCCCGUAGUGCAGAAGGUUGCCCAAUUGGUGCAGCAACAGGUCGACGAAGUCGAGAAAUUGAUGACGCGCCAAGUCAAGGCCUUACUUCUGGUAGGGGGAUUUGGUGAAUCCGAAUAUCUGCGCAGCCGGCUCCAGGCCGAGAUCAGGACAAGGAGCGGCAGUGAAAUAUCAAUCCUGCAGCCGCCUAACGCUUGGACCGCUGUUGUCCGAGGUGCGGUGAUGCGCGGGCUGGAGGGAGAAAUGGUACGCAUUCGUAAGGUCGCUAGGAACUACGGCAACUCAUGCAGCGUGCCAUUCAUGGAGGGGUACCAUCCUAAGAGAGACGGUUAUAUCGACCCUCACGAUGGAGAGUACAUGUGCCGGAACCGGAUGCGGUGGUACAUCCGAAAGUUUAGGGCGAGGAUGUCGAAGAGAGCGACCCGAUUAGACAUUCAUUUUGUAUCAAUCAAGUCUCCAAUAAUUCUGACUCUUCCUGCAGACGUAAACCCCGUCUGCACCCUCGAAGUGGAUCCCAAUGUCAUCCCGAGGGAGAAAUUUAAAAGGAAAAUCGGAAUCAAUGGUCUGCCCUAUUUUAAGCUUAAUUUCGACCUUUUGAUGAGCAUUCAAUCAGCAUCGAUAUUGUUUGAAUUUGAUGUUGAUGGAACCAUAUAUCGGGAUGUGAAGGCAUUUUAUCAUUAUGCCUAGGGAGGGGAGGUGGGAUACUCCAUUUUUAUCUGUUUCCAUUCAAUACAUGAUAUUUUUUGCGCAUUAUUAAGCUUGAAGUUGUGCGAACCUCCCCAUCGCACGUAUGAAAGGAACCGUAUUUUCUUUGGCGUCGGGUAUUGGAUUGACUUGAAACGAUUUAUUAUUCUGUGAUCUUCUUGCAUGUCCAUUCGUGGCCAAAAGGGUACCGAAACACAGUACAGUACACGGGGGGAGUACUGUACGUGCUGCAGUCACGCAAAAUACCCACCCAUACUUUAUUCAAAGUGUGGUACGGUUGAGAACGGAAGAAUGCAGACCAAAUCGCUGGUAGCGAUGCUGCCGAAUAUUUUUUCCAAGCGCUAGGCACUCGCGCAUGAUACCAACACGCACUAUUCAGCGAGGGUAAUAUGACUUUCAAAUAUGCAUCGGGUGCCUAUUUGAUUAUGACAGAAUUUUUUGUAAUAGUUACUGGCAUGAGUUUUUGGAAACUCCAUCGUGUCACUAGUUUAGUUAUCUCGCUUGCUUUUCCUUUCUGUUAUUGUUGCAUUAUGCAACACCGUUGUCGUUGACCUUUCCUUUUUGCUUAUGAUACCUCUACCGUACAUCAUGUAUUGAUUAAGUCCGCCUCCCAGAAGCAUAAUUAGAUAGGGUCCUCAGGGAUAGGUAUAAGGAAGCAAGCAAUACAACCUCAAUCAAGAAUUACAACAG